AUGCCCGGCCUGUCAGCGGAUGAGGGAGACGAAGGGGCCCCACCACCCUCGCAGUCUCACUUCGCCAAGUUUGAGCAUUUCACACCCAACGAGGCAGCAUCGUUUGACGACGAGUUCGCCCGCCUCGCCUCAUCCCAACAGUGGGUUCCUGGUUCCCAAGAAUACACCCGACAGCGCACCAUCGCGAUAAAGGAGGAACUCGAACUCCACUACUUCUCGCAGUCGCAACAGCUCGACGACAUCAACGAAGAAGAAGAGCUCAGCGCCGAAGAGAAGACGCUCAAGGGUUACCAAGCCCUAUGCCGCGAGGUCGGCAUUGAUCCGAGCGACUCGAUCGCCGAGUGCAAAAAACAGCUGAAGAAUACGCUGGUCAACAUUGUUGACCUCAUCGAUGCGCGGCGGACGGGCAAACGAGUCAAGGUGUGGGACAGCUUUGAAGAAUUCCGCGCCUAUACCCUCCUAGACGAAAAUAGGAUCGAUAUCCGCGAGGCAAAGAGGCCUCCAGGGUACCUUGCUUCGUUAUUGCGGCGUCUGUCGGGGCCCCCAUCACGCAAAAAACGCAACGUUCCUAAGGGUGGAUGGGGGUUAAGGGUGGUGUCGGGCCGUAUUACCAAAGCAGCCCAGCCAUCCGGCUAG